GUUGUUGUAGAUUCACUGGUUACACACCACACUCCCGCCUUCGUUAUCCCUGUGACGAUAAAGAAAAAUAGCAAGUUCUGAAUGGGAGGCCCACUGUCCUGAACAAUUUUCUAGUCGCUCUAUACAGUGUUGUCAUAUUUGAAAGGAUUUUUGUAAUUUGCUGACCAAAAAGAAAAUGGGAGACAGGGCUCCGCAACCGACUGGAGGGCUGGCAGAUUACCUGAAAAUUGAAAAAAUUGGAGAAGGUACAUAUGGUGUUGUGUACAAAGGCCGCAACAAGCUUACAGGGCAAGUUGUUGCCAUGAAGAAGAUUCGCCUGGAAAGUGAAGAUGAAGGUAUCCCAUCCACUGCUAUCCGUGAAAUUUCUUUGUUGAAAGAACUAGAUCACCCAAACAUUGUGAGGCUUUUGCAACAUGUUAUGGAAGAGCCGCGCCUCUAUCUUAUCUUUGAAUUUUUGUCAAUGGACCUCAAGAAAUACAUGGAUUCAUUCAAAGGUUCAGAAUGUAUGCCUCCUGAAACUGUUCAAUCUUACUUGUAUCAGAUACUACAAGCUAUCCUGUUUUGCCAUAAAAGGAGAGUUUUCCACAGAGAUCUGAAGCCCCAAAACCUUCUCAUUGCUGACAAUGGUAUAAUCAAAGUUGCAGAUUUUGGUCUAGGGCGUGCCUAUGGUAUCCCAGUGAGAGUAUACACCCAUGAGGUUGUUACUCUGUGGUACAGAGCUCCUGAAAUCCUUCUUGGUGCCAUGAGAUAUUCAUGCCCAAUAGAUAUUUGGUCUAUUGGUUGCAUUUUUGCUGAAAUGGCAUCAAAGCGACCUCUUUUCCAAGGUGACUCAGAAAUUGAUCAGCUCUUCAGAAUCUUCAGAGUUCUCACAACACCUAAUGAGACUAAUUGGCCUGGAGUCUCAAGCUUGCGAGAAUACAAAGCUACUUUCCCCAGUUGGUCCACAAAUAAUUUAGCAUCUCAUGCAAAGAAUAUCAAUGAAGCUGGGUUGGACCUUCUGCAAGAAAUGUUAACUUACAAUCCAGAGAAAAGAAUCAGUGCACGAAAUGCAUUGAAACACCCAUUUUUUGACACUUUGGACAAGAGUAAGCUGCCUGCCACUGACAGCUGAACGUUAUUUUGUUGUAGUGCUGAAAACCUGUAUAUUGUGAAGAUCAUUUAUCAAACAUAGUUUAGCUCAAAUGUAAUACCCAUUUUAAAGAAUUCAAUUUUUGAAUAGGUGCCUUUAUGUUAUAAUCAUAGUGGUGGGUAUGAGCAGAGUAUUACAAAUGCUCCAAUUCAAUUGGAAAUUUGACAAUGGAGUUUGAGGUGGUUGGGGAUACAUCAACUUUUAUUCUUCCAAUGUUUCGUAUGUUUGAACAUUCUUCAUUUUGCAGUGUCCCUGAAACAUGCGCUGUAUAUAGAAGUGGACCAUUCUAUCUUCAUUUUGGUCCCUCUUUUUUUCUCCCAUCUUUCCUGUCAUGUACCCAACUUAUACGCUCAAACAUAUACUUUUAUCACUGUUUGUGCACUAUUUAUAUUAUAAUAACAAUUUUAAAAAUCAAA